AAGCGGGAAGCGAGCCUCGAGGGAAAAAAUUCCUCCACGCUGCCCCAUUCUGUUCUGCCUGCUGCCUGCUACCAGAUGGUUGACUGGGUUAUUUCUUCCAUUUCUUUUCGCCUGAGCACUCGUGUAAAACAAACGUGUUUCUAUACAAGGAAAUAAAACGCAGUCAUUAUCAUUUUGAGAAAUCAACGACCGAAUUUAAUUUCGUUAGAGAGUGAUUGUACAAUUUGCCAAGAUGAAGACUGAACCAAUUCGUCAUAAAGAAUCGAACACGUUUCAGUUCAAAAGAUUCUCUGAAAGGGUGAAUGAAAUCAAUGUCGACGUGUUUCAUCGGGUCGUCCACAGAAAUGAAGAGAACGAUGAUGAAGUUGAAACACAUUUUCACGAGACACUCCAAAAAUGGAAUUUCCUUAAUCUCACAGAAGGCUACUGCAGUUUCAAAAGGAAAGUUUGUAACAUCAUUACCCUUCCGCAGUUGAUUAACCAAAAGCAGUUCGUGGUAGACACACUGAUAGAAUAUUUAGAGAAGAAAGACGUCUUGUUCUUGCAGCCGAUGUUAGAUCUAGUCGUGGCACUGUCUAAAGACUUGCAAAAGGACUUCUACGAGUACUUUCCUAGAUUUCUAACUAUUAUCAUUGAAUUGUUGCAUACAAAAGACACGGAGCAACUAGAGUAUGCAUUUACCUCGUUGGCCUAUUUAUUUAAAUUCUUAUGGAGGUACUUGGUAAAAAAUGUUAAAACCGUACUCGAUUUAUUGUUACCACUACUGGGAGACGCGCAGCCUUCUUACAUAAAUGAUUUCGCCGCAGAGAGUUUUGCAUUUGUAGUACGCAAAAUUAAAGAUAAAGAUUCGUUCUUAAAGACGAUACUACGUAUACUUAAAACGAAUCCCGAUGGAAUACCCGGGUGUGCUAAAUUAUUAUUUGAAGUGAUAUCGGGUACACCAGAACAGUUUCACUCCUGCGCGGAGCGUAUGCUUUCGCUAUACUUGAACGCAUUAAAUAAUGAGUCUCUUGAUCAAAGUCUGAUGUUCGAAUUAUUGAAAGGAAUUAUCGAGUCUAUAUUAAAUAAUAUACAUCCACAAAAAUGUCAAGUAUUCUGGUCUGUAUUUCUAAGCGUCGUGGACACUUCUAUAGAAAAGACUAAGCAUUUUGAACAGACGAGUAAGAGACAGAAAAGUUUAAUCCUCUUAAUGCAGUUGCUAAACACAAUCGUUAACUAUAGAAAUGGAAGAAUGAUCGUAGAACCUGUACCUCUGAUCAAAAGAUUGGUACAGAUUUUAGAUACGUUUCAGGAUGAAAAUGACGUUCUACAAGAAGCUAUGAAGCUAUCGGUCUCCAUUCUCUUGGCUAGUCACGUUAAACUGAUGCAAGAAACAGUCAGUCAGAUAUUGCUUAAAGUUAUGUCUGUUAAAGAUAUUAGAUUAUUGUACAGCGCUGGUAUAAAUCUAGUAAAUUAUUCAUCGUUCGAAACUGUGGUACUGCCGAUGAUAAUACGACACAGCAUCGCAAUCGGCUUUGACGAAAAUACUUUGGACCUGUUUUCAAACAUAAUCAAAGUCAAAGCACCGUUGUGCCUGAACGGCAUUAAUUUGCAUAAAUGGAAAGAAUUUCCCUUGGACAUACGAGGCAUGAGAUCUGAGAGCAUAAGCUAUCUUCAGAAAGAAUUAGAAGGUUCAUUAGAUGAAAGUAAUAUUCCUGAGAACGCGAUAAAAAUGUUAAUCAUCUUGCCGCAUCUAAAGCCUUUACCAGACUCGUUCAGGAGUACUUUGAAAAAAGCAAUUCUAUCUUUAUAUCAAAGGAUAUUAAGCACUGACGCCGAUAAUAAAUUAUGUUUGACUUUCCUGAUAGCUGUAGAGUCAGCGAUUCGCGUUUUAGAAUCAGAGAGUUUACAUAAAAUUAUGGGUGAAAGUGAUAUACAGAUAUUAGACUUAAUUCAGAAGUAUCCUGAAAAUAAAUUCAUUCUCAACGCUGUCGAUCUGUGCAUGACUUAUUUUAGCCAGUCACAGUAUCGAGAUGCGUACGUGAAUGAAGCCGCUUUUGAUAAAUUAAACAUUAGUAUCGUGCAGAAAUUGAGCUCACCCUUCAGCGAAGUUCGAUUGAUAGUAACACAUCUUUACUCUCUGUUCUCAUUAAUUGGAUCGAAGAUUAUUCAUCAUGGAGGAGUAGUUAAUGAAGUAAGCACGACUGCCAUGGAGUACAUUUAUUUAGCAGAAUGCUCGCCGAUCUCUGUAGAGACUGUCCGCGGAAAAUUGUUGAACCUAAAUUCAUUAUCUUUUGAAAAUAGUGUAAUAAAAUGCUUGCCGGCCAAGUAUUACGACUUUCCUUUACGUUAUUUACUGGGAACAUUAUAUAUAAAUUUUUCCUUGCUGUGGGAACCGGUGAGCAACAUCAUAGCUACAUACGCGACUAAAGACUGCGAACAAUUCUGGCCUAUAUUUCUAAACGAGUUAACGUCUAGCCAAGAGUUUGAAGAUUACAAGCCGUUGUUCAAAUGCGAAAUCAUUUCUGAAAUAGAGGAUAGAAUACAACGAAGUAAUGAUAGACCAGACUGCAAGAAUCGUCAAGUUCUUUUGUGGAAAUGUAUGGCGAAUUUUUCUUCCUUCUGCGAGAUGAAAAACAGAGAUAUAACUGGAUUGUUUAUUGACUACGUAAACGAGAAUUUCUUCAAAUCGAAUUCUGAAGAUUCUAAAUAUUGUAGUAUCUUAAAACUGCAAGACUCGGAUGCUAAUAACAUGGAGAUUGAAGCAGAAGAUGAAAGUAAUAACCAGUGCGAUAAAGAGGACGAAGAGAAAAAGGAAGUACCUCCCAUAGAACGAAAAAGAGCCAAGAAACAAUUGACCAUGAGAAAAAAUUACAAACUUCAACUAUUACUCGCCCAGCUUGAAAUAUUUAAGCAGUUCACAAAUCCAAGAACAUUGUACAGAGAAUCGGAGAUGCAGAAAAUUUAUUUAGAUCUUUUGUCGUCCAAAGAUGCCGAUAUUCAAACAGCCGCUUUAAACUGCCUUCUUACUUACAAGUUCAAGUAUCUGUUACCUUACAAGGAGAAUUUGUUGAACAUAAUUAACGAUAGGAGCAUGAAGGACGAACUGACUCGCUUUAAGAUCGACGUAGAAAGUAAAAUGAUACUGGAUGAGGAUCGCGACGAGUUUAUUCCUAUACUAAUGCGAAUAAUUUAUGCGAAAAUGGUAACAAGAACAGGAAUGAAAACUGGUGGCAUGGCUCGGGCUACGUUAAGAAGAGAUAUGUUUAUUCGAUUUUUAAUGGGAACCGAAGAACGCGAGAUGCUCGUGUUCGUUAAUAUGGCAUUUAAACCUUUCAAGAGAUACGCGUCACUCGAAUUAGGCAGGAAGAUCAAUCUGCAACAGGUUGUAAAAGAUAUCAUCGACACCGUAGAUUUAACCAACGUUAUGCCACCGAAACGUUUACAAAGCGCCAUAAAUUUGAUCGGUAGUCUGAUAGAACAGUUCGGUAGUAGAAUGAUGGAAAAAUUGUUGCCUUAUUUGCUUGCCCUGGUGAUAUGCAUACUGGCAGAGGUGACUGGAAUUCUCCAAAGAUCUGACAAAGUCCACUCUGGUUACUUAACAUCGAUUAAAAACGCGAGGUCCAGUUGUAUUACAAUAUUAGCGAGAUUCUUUGGUCAUUACGAGAAUUACGAAUGGACCGAGUACGAGAUAGACGCGUUGUUCGACGUAGCAGUCUUCCCAUGGGUAGAGAAGUUGCCUAUGGAAGGCAUACACAGUCCCACGCCCUUGUUAAAGCUGUUCAUGACAUGGAGUCAAAAUUCGAGAUACUAUCCCCUGUUUAUAAAACAUAGACCUGAUGACAAAUCAAUUAGCUCUCUCCCAUACAUAAUAAAACUGUUACUGGCACCAAAGGUACAUCCAAAUGUAACGAAUAGUAUUUUGGAAAUGAUUCAGAAGAUGGUAACGCUGCAAGAUUAUGGAAAGAUAAACGAAGAUGACAUGGAAGUUGAUACGCCCAUUGUGCCUUUGAUACCUAUACUCAAUAAUUUGUUAGAAGUAAAUGAAAAAGCUCUACGUGAAGGCGUCAAUUACGGAUCUACUAUACUCAUCCCUCACGUGCCCAGUGUAUUAGAAUUUAUUAAACAUAGACUGGCGAAAUCUCACAGAGGUAUAGGCAAAGUUGAAUUACUGAUUUUAUCACGCUUCUCUGAAUUUGUAAAUGACAGCGGUGCAUCCGACGCGCUUCUUAGUCUUUCAUUACCUAUACUAAUUAAGAAGACUAGAGCCGGAGAGAGCGAGAUCAUUACAGAAUUGAUUGAAACUGUGAUACAUCUUGUGAAACAAGUAAAGAAUCCCACGAUACACAUGCGUGCGAUGCUACCUCUGCUGGGCACUGUGACAGCCGUUCCUGAUCGGAAACUUCUCCUAGAACUUUAUAAAACUAUCGUUCAACGAGCUCCUGAAGAAUCUCGAGAGAUGUUUAUGAAAAAUCAUGAAUUGUUAAUUGCGUUGAACGCGUGGGAUUGGAGGUGGAUAAGCCAACCGGAUUUUCAGAAAAGAUUAGACGCAUUUUCUAGUAUUAACAAUGCCAUAGACAAAAACGAGAUUACGUUAGAGUUUGGCGUGGCUAUUAUUCACAAUUGUUAUUACUUCCUUAAAAAUGAAGGAGACUUGGCACUGAGAGAUAACGCAGGAUUGUGCAUAAAAGUUCUUAGCAGCAAGUUAGCGAAGGAGUAUAAAGGGAGCACAGGAGACAGACGUUAUUUAAUGGACGAUACAAUCUUGCCACUGAUAAGGAGAGGAAUUACAAGCAAGAACGAACAGGUGAAAUUUCAGUCGAUAUCUUUCCUAGGGUAUAUGGCUAUGGAAUGUCCAGAAGUUCAUCCAAUUUUAAGAGAUUUGAACUCAUUAACAAAUAAACUGGAUCCCGAGGUCGACUUCUUUGAAAACAUGCAGCACUUGCAGUUGCACAGGAGGGCGAGGGCUCUGUUGAAAUUUUGCAACGUAGCUAAAACUUUGAAGAAAGCGCCUAACCCGAGAACCUUAACGCAGUUCGUCCUCCCGUUAGCUUCCUCGUUCUUGUGCAAUGAAUCUUACAUGCAGAAAAAUAGUAUCGUCGACGCUGCAAUCGAAAGCAUAGGCUCUGUUUGCAAAUUGUUACCCUGGCAUCAAUACGAAAUCAUUUUGAAGCAUUAUUUGGAUAAAUUGAAAGGCUCGGUUUUAUAUCAAAGGCAACUUGUUAGAAUAAUUGUUAUUAUCUUAGACUCUUUCCACUUCGAUUUGUCAAAGUACAAGCCGGUAGAAGAAUUACGAAUCGUAGAAAAAGUUAAAGAAACUGAACAGAAGGAAGAAGAUGGGAAGGCCGACGAAGAAAAUAAUGAUAAGACCGAACUGGAAAUAGAAGAAAACUUGCAAGAAGCUUUGAACUCUGAGAUCAUUGAUAACAUCGAAGAAACGGAGAAAACUGAGAAACAGGAAGAACUGGUCGCGGUAGAAAAACAGAUAGUCCUUUCAGAGAGUGGAGCAAAGAAAGUAAUUUUCAGUAUAUCGAAAGAAUUGCUGCCUCAACUGCAUCGGUCUAUUAUAGCGAGAACGAGCCACGAAAACAGCCACAAAUUAAACAAAAAGAGAGUCGCCAUUGAUAACGAGGAAGAAGAGUUGAUGCGCGUGCCUAUCGCAUUAGCUUUCGUCAAAUUGCUGCAGAAACUACCUGACCGCAUUUUAGACGUCAAUUUACCAGGAAUCUUUAUGAAAUUAUGCACGUUCUUGAAGUCUCGUUUGGAAUCGGUACGGCGAGCUACCCGCGAGAUAUUGCAAAAGAUCAUGAUAACUCUAGGCCCGAAGUAUCUUCACCAUCUUUUAAGAGAGAUGAACACUUUAUUAACGAGAGGUUUUCAAGUCCACGUUCUUGCAUUCACGGUGCAAUCAGUAUUAUCUGCUUUAAAACCGCACUUUCAGAAAUUCGACAUUAAUGAAAACCUUCAAAGCAUCUUAUCGGUUUGUAAAGUGGAUUUAUUCGGAGUAACAGCAGAAGAGAAAGAAGUAUUAGGAAUCGUGAAGAACGUUUCCGAAGCAAAAUCCACGAAGAGCUUUGAUAUAUUUCAUAUAUUAUCUCAGUACAUUACCGAAACUUGUUUGGUGGAUUUAAUUCUACCUUUGAAAGAAGUGCUUGCAAAGACACACUCGCACAAGACUGUACUGAAAGUAUCAGAGUGUCUGAGAAACAUAGUUUUGGGUUUAGCAGAUAACUCUUUCAUACCAUUGGAACAGAUGUUGAUAUUUCUUUACGGUGUGAUUUCCGAAAGCAUACCGGAACUUAUGCCUGAGAGAAAAGGCAAGGAAGUCACAGAGAAAGCAGAGGUACUGAUUAGACAGAAACCGGAUUGCUUCAUCAUACCUCCAGAACCGAAGACCAGAAUGGGGAUAAAAGCCGGUGCGAAGACAUCGAAGAACACGAAUGCCCAUGUGAUCACAGAAUUCGGCUUGAAGCUCUUCCAUAUUCUGUUAAAAAGAGACAAGAUAUCGAACGCGAGCUUCAAGCCUUUCAUAGACCCGUUUGUACCGGUCAUAAGCGAAUGCUUGAAAUCGCAACACGUCAAGCUGAGCACUUUAGGCUUGCAAUGUUUAAGCUGGUUAACGAGAAUGGAUUUAAUUUCAAUACAAGAUACAAUCUCCGAUAUUUGUUCAUCUAUCUUCAGUUUGUUGCACAAAUAUGCCGCGGCUGGUUUGAGUAAAGGGGAGAACUUUGAUCUCGUGAUGGCAGGGUUCAAGUGCAUGGCUGUAAUCGUUCGUGAUGUGAAACACUAUACGAUCACUACAAAUCAGUUGAAAGUCCUGAUCAUGUAUGCCGAACAGGAUAUGCACAACAGUGAGAAACAGGCGACGGCCUUCGGUUUACUAAAAGCAAUAAUCUCCCGCAAGAUUGUAUUCCCGGAAAUGUAUCUCGUCAUGGAAAAAGUUGCUACCCUGAGCAUCACGUCAGAACUAGAACACGUCAGAGUGCAAGCUCGUUCCGUGUUUUACUCUUACUUGAUGGAAUACCCUCUGGGUAAACAUUUGACCAAGAAUAUAAUGUUCUAUUUGACGCAGCUUAAUUACGAGAUGCAACCAGGUCGACUCAGCGCCUUGGAAAUGCUUCACAGUAUCGUCACAGGAUUUCCACUGAAAGCGUUGAUCUUAAAAUCAGAUUUGAUAUUUACGAUGGCUAGCACGAGAUUGAUAAACGAUGAUGACCCGACCUGCCGCAAAUUAUGUGCCAAGUGUCUUAAAGAAAUGAUCGCACGCGUUCCACAUAAUAAGCGGAGAAAACUUUUCGAAAUAGUCGUAGCCUUGUUAGAAGACGCCAAGGUAAUGCAUCGGACUCUGGCUGCGCAGUUGUGCGGUUUAUUUGUAACUGUGGAGAACGAUGCCUUCGAAUCUCGUUUGAAGGAAAUACUGCCCCUGCUUUUAAAGCAGUUCCACGCGAGCUUUGACGACGAGAAGCCUGGUCGCUUCGUGAAAUUGCACACGGAACAGGAUGAACAAUUAGAGAUGAGCGGAAAGGUGAAAGAUGUUGAAAGGAUGAAGGAUCAUCAUAUGUUCCAAGUACUUCAAUUAUUAUUAAAGAUAUCUGCGAAUUGCGCGCCAUUCCUCAAGAACGAGGAGUACAGGGACUCCGUUCGUUCCUUCGCUGAACACAGUCAAUCUUUGCUGGCGCAUCCCCACGUAUGGGUUCGCUUAGCAGCGUGUCAGAUGAUCGGUUUCAUCUUGGCUGCUCACGACGUCGAUAAGAUUGUGAAUAUUUUGGAGAAUCCUGAGAAACGCGAAGAGGAAAUAAGUUACAUGUACUCGGACCCAGCUACUAUUAUUAGAAGCUUGACUCUAGAUUUGAUUGCACAACUACAGCCCGAUAUGAUAUUAGAAGACUUGGCUGAUCAGACCGUAAAAAAUUUAAUAUUUAUCGCGAGAAUUUUGAAAUCCGUGAAGACAAUUAAUUCCAUGGACGAGCAAGACGAUAAAGAUAAGGACCAGUUAUCUCUUUCCUGGCUAGUCAGAAGACUCAGGAAAUCUGUAAACGUAGAACUAGCUCAAGCACCCAAAUCUAUAUCUGUGAGGACUGCUUAUUUUAAAUGGGUCGCUGGCGCAGUAGCCACGAUACCAAUGUCACACUUGAAAGAAAUACUUCUCAAUAUUAUGUCACCCAUCGUGCGAGAGAUGUCAAGCACAGAAGAAACAAAUUCACAUUUACGACGUUUAGCCAAAGAGGCAGCUACGAUGAUCAAGAGGCGGUUAGAUACCGAAGAGUACACCAGACUGUUGAGUCAAGUUCAACGGAAUUUGGACAUUAAGAAAGCUGAGAGAAGAAAAAUGCGAGCGCAACAGUUCGUAACAGAUCCGGAACUGGCUGCGAAACGGAAAAUCGCAAAGCAGCAGAAGAAGAAGGAAUCUAGGAAACGAAAAUUGGACACCGUUCGAGGGAAAAAAGUAAUGAGGAAAAGGCCAAGGAAAGAAGUUGACCUAGAUGUUAUAUAAAAUUACUGUACGAUGUUAAACAGUUGUUCAAGGAAAUGCUAACUGACAUGUUGACAGUAUCUUUGAAAAUGUAAUAAAUGUAUAUUGUGUAGUCAUCCACGUGACGCAUCAUGUUUUGAUACUAUUAUUAUGUAUAUAGAUUUCUUAUUAACAACAUGUAUAUAUGUACAUACGUCUGCCUAAUUACAAAGCAAAUAAAUAAAUGAGAGUAAUAUAAAACAAAAAUUGUCGCUAUUACCCAAGGUUGAUCUUAAUCUUGUUUUGAACAUUCUUAUAUUUGCCAAAAGGCGAAAUUCAUUACGGAAGCUAAUUAAAUCCAAAUUGCGAUUAGAAAGAGAUUAUCUUAACAGGAACUUAUUUAAUUCCUAAGGAAAAUGCAUUUUAAUUUAUUUAAAUGCGAACGUUAUCAGUCGCUAUCGUUUACCCUCAAGGAUUUUACUUUAAAGAUUUAUUGACACUUCAUGUCCUCGGAAGAAUCGGGGGAUUAAAAGCGGGGGUUACGUGUGCAAAUGCGAUGAGUGGCAGGCAUUGUGAACUGAACUCUGUUAUACACGGGUUACGUGAUAGCACGCGUCCCUGCCAGCCAAGAAAAUUUGUCUAACUAUAUAUAUCUUCGUGAUCACCGCCCGCACCUCCUAUUCUUUUCAAUUUUGACAUGCUCGUAAAUAGGGGGGUUUAGUCACUUGUUGGUAGCGUCCGGUCUUAUCGGGGAGCGUGUCGUUAUCGGUGGUACAUAGUUAGCCAUAAGAAGCCGAAACGUCGAUUGGAACGUGAGAAUCCACUUGAUACAUUGGUCGUCAACUGGGAAUUCGAAUAGGACGGUAUACCGUUCACGGCUAAUAGUUAUCCUUUCAUCGUUUGUUAAAACUUCGACACGCGAUGU